AUUACACAAUGAUUUCAAAGAUUAUAUAGAGAUAGACAACAAGACAAAAGCCAACAAAUCAUUCAAAAAGGCCAAAAGUUUUAGUCCCUCUCUUAAUGGUCCUUAUUAUGUGGAGGCUAUGUUUUACGUAGAUCCCCUAAAUAUGCCGAUGACAUAUGAAGAGUUAAUUUCAGCCGCUAUUCAAGUUGAUUACAUUUUAAGGGAUCCUACAUUUCAAAGAGAAGCCCAUUUUAUUCUCAGAGGAAUUAAACCAUAUAUUGGACCUGAUAUUAGAUAAGAAGAUGAUCUUGAUAUAUUUUGCCAAUACACUGCCAACGCUCGUGCUAACAAGGAUGAAGAUGUUUCUUACUUGAUUUCGGCAAACUGGAAUGAAGACGGUAUAACUAUCGGUUUAGCACCAAGAGAAGGUAUAUGCGCCAAAAAGUUGUUCUUUAAUUCAUCCAUCGGAUACCGAAACAGCAAUAACCAUUGCACAUGAAACGGGCCAUUUGUUUGGAGCGAAACAUGAUUAUGAAAAUAGUGCGAUUCAUUAUCUCUAGGUAGUAUAAUGCAUUAUGAUUCAACAUACCCAAGAAAAUAUCAAUGGUCUAGUUGCAGUGUUCAAGAUAUAGAUAAUUAUUUAGGAUAUGAGGGUAAAUGCUUAGAAAAUGCGGAUAGUUAUCGUGAAGCUCCCUCCUUUUUUGUUUCACAAUUAGAUCUACAUAAAGCUUGUCGUUCCUGGGGUCUCGAUUUGGACCUUAAAAACAGUAGCUGCACUGAUUUAAAAUGUACUGCUAUUGGAAGGUUUGAUCGCGACUUACCGCAACUCUUAGAUUUCCUGCCUUGUAAUCAAUUGAGCAAUAAUUUAUCGAGUUCCCAAACUGGAAUAUGCUACAAGGGAAACUGCAUUUUAAAAAAAAGAUUGCAAGAAAAGGCCGGUUCAUGGAGUUCUUGGUCGUCUUGGUCAAAAUGCCGAGGAGAUGAUACAAUAGGUUUUGCCAAGAGGACUAGAAAGUGCAACAAUCCACGGCCGAAGUUUGGGGGACGCUACUGUCAAGGUGCCAAAAUAGAAUAUAAAGUCUGCGAAUAUGCGUUUAGCAGAAAUAAUAAAAAAAAUCAAGCUCUGUGUACGAGCAUAUAGGUUGUGAUAACCAAUUAUCGUCGACGGCUAAAUUUUACAAAUGUGGAACGUAUAAAGGGAAUAAUUCUCAAUGUGUUCCAUUUGAAAAGAAG